AUGUCAGCUCAUUUCCCCCCUUCGUCGCCUAUUCGUUUUGGAACCGGGAGCUAUGUUAUCGAAGGAACAAAAUCUAGGAAGCAGCUAAUUGACGAGCCCGAUAGUGUGGGCCGGUACCUAACUCCUGAACCCUCUUCUACUUUGGGUCGCUCUUCGUCACCGGUAAGAGCUUCGCAUCAUGAGGAAGAACCAAAAGAGGCAGCGCAGGAGGUUAAGCGCCUAAAACAGGCGUUCUGCAGGAGCGUUGAGAUUGUUUUGGAUGCCAGAGAUUCAUCUAGAUUGGCAAUUGGGCGCAAGAGGGAUGUCUGUGACAUUCACUUACCUUCUGUGAAACAUGUGUCCAGACAGCACGCGUUUAUCUCUUAUGUCGCGGAAACUAAGCAAGUACAACUUACUUGCAAUGGAAUGAACGGUCUAAUAGUCGUUUUUCCACAGCGGCUCAGUUACGAACUGAUCAAACGGUUGGACCCACCAUCUUUCUAUGAACUUGUUGCAGAGCCGGCUGACGACGCCGAAUCCCGGGUUCCAUACCGGGAGAAGGUGCUAGUGCGAUGCCAUGAACUAACUUCCUUUGUUCUUCUUAUGGGCGAGACUGUGCUAAUGCCAUUUAUCGAAGGAACAAUCCUCGACUUCAGGCAAUGCGUGGCUACGCUAUCUCUGAGGGAUGAUAUACAUGACGAAGAAGACACCAAGAAUGAUACUGAGACGGAAGAUGAACAGAUGCCUAUAGAAACUAACAGUGAUGACUUCCAGCAGGGCUAUAAAUCAAGUAGCACGGACUGGAGUGCAUUGGAUGCAGAUAGCUCUCCGAAGACGCUUAGAUUAAACGAUCCUGAGCGUAUUUGCAGUGUACAAUCGUCGCCUGUAGCAGCAAGUGGGUCUCCUCAACCCACAAGCCCUCCUGGUCAAUGCCAAUUGGUAACUCCUAUGACAUCUUUCCCCGAAGAUAUUCCAACAACACCCGUAAAGUGCAGAAUAAACGAUACAUUAUCGGAUACAGCCGGCCCAAAUUCAAAUGCUAACUUUGACAAGUCUCGUAAACGUACAUUUACUGACGCGACCGAAGACACACCUAUCAGUAUGCAUAGAUCGUUUAAUGCUAUUAAAACAGAAAAUGACAAAGACACAAGCGUAAUGAAUCAUGAAGAAGACUCGGAGAAUGUGGCUGAGGAGACAUCAGACACACAAGAACUACAAAAUAUUUUAGCAAAUCAUUUGGCCUUUUCAAAUGUUCAACAAGUGCCAUUGUCUUCGCUACAAGACGUGAAUUCCAAAAUAUCUAGGCUUAGUCGCGAACAGCUGCGUGAUAUAUUGGCAAAAGAAAGCUGUAUUGGUGUUAUUUAUCGUACCGGUAAGGAUGCAGCAGGAAAAGAACUUGACGAGGAAUAUUACUACGAUUUGGAAAACGAUUCGGAUCAAAAUAGAAGACAGAUCGUGCUGGCACUCAAGGGCGGCAGAACUGGCCUAAGAGCAUGUAGGAAGGUACACAAGCAGUAUUUCUGGAAGAAACCUACAAAAUAA